AUGCAACUAACUAAAUCAAACAAACCACCAUGAAAACUUUAGGAAUAAUCAUUUUUGCCGGAGUACUUUUAGCCGGAAUCCAAAACUCCGCCGCCCAGAACUGCGGUUGCAGUCCAGACUUAUGCUGUAGCCGGUUCGGUUACUGUGGCAGCGACGAGGCAUACUGUGGUGCCGGCUGCCAAGAAGGGCCAUGUUUCUCGCCCCCUCCUACGAAUGAUGUUGAUGUUGCUAGCAUAGUGACAGAUGCAUUUUUUAAUGGUAUCAUUGAUCAAUCAGACGCCGGUUGUGAAGGGAGAGGGUUUUAUUCACGUGCCACCUUCCUUGAAGCCCUUAGAAACUAUCCCCAAUUCGGUAGGGUUGGUUCUGAAGAAGAUUCAAGGAGGGAGAUUGCAGCCUUUUUCGCACAUGUUACACACGAAACUGGCCACUUUUGCUACAUUAAUGAGAUAAACGGGCCUUCAAGGGAUUACUGUGACGAAAAUGAUACUCAAAAUCCGUGCAACCCAAGCAAGGGCUACUUCGGGAGGGGGCCAAUCCAAUUGUCAUGGAAUUUCAACUAUGGUCCGGCCGGGAGAAGCAUUGGGUUUGACGGAUUAAACAAUCCUGAAAUUGUGGCUACAAAUCCAGUCAUCUCAUUUCAAACUGCCUUAUGGUAUUGGAUGAACAAUGUUCAGCCGGUCAUUGGUCAAGGGUUUGGAGCUACCAUUCGAGCUAUUAAUGGAGCAUUGGAAUGUGAUGGUGGCAAUCCAGACACUGUAAGUGCUCGUGUACGUUACUACACUCAAUAUUGUAACCAACUUGGAGUUGCUCCAGGCGAUAACCUUCGAUGUUAGGCCAUUUGAAAUGUGCGAUUCUAUCCCUAUAUGGACAAUAAAAGAAUAAACUUCAUAUUUAUAUUCAUAUUUGUAUACAAUCUUUAUUUGUAUUUUGUAGAUGUUAAA